ACUUUACCUUACCUUCCAGAACAAUUCACUGCUUCUCCUUUGACAGCUACACCAGUUAAUCGGCCAACGGGCCAGAUUUCAGCUUCUUUAAGAUCAAAUUUUGUAGUUGUCAACCAUUCACAGUCACAAGACACUGUGACCACUGGAGAAACUUUAAAUAUCAUUCCUGGUCCUCAGGAAAAGAAAAAUCAUGCCAGUUUAAUGUCACCUGGUAGGCGCAAAAGUGACUCUCAAGGAAAACAAUCACUCUUUCUGGGCCUCAUUCAACAAUACGAAAUUUCCAAGAUCCAAAUGCAUUUGCAGUAG